CCCGAAGGGUAUUUAAGGCUCGCACCCGCGAGGCUGCGGAGAUACUUCGGGCAGCCGCGACUUAAUCCCGGCCGCUCGAAUUUGCUCUUUGGGUUAUUUCGUUUUCCUCUGUCUCUUCUCCCCCUUAGCAUCCUUUUUGCGCUGCGCUCUCGCGGUCUCUCUCAGCCUUUCUGCCUGGAACUGAAUCUAGGUGGCAAACAGGUCGGCGUGCGGAAAAACACUGAAUAGGUAGAAAUAAGGCAAACUAACAGAGACGCAACAGGUCGGGUGCUCGGUGGCGAGGGCGAGCGGCGGCCCCUCGCUGCUCCUCUCGCGCUGUUCCUCGGACCCUGGGCGGCCGCUCUCGAGGACCCCUUCCGAGGUGUCCGUCCUCUGAGGGGCCAGGAGGGCCAGCCGGGAGGGUUUCAUUCCGGUUUUUACCUUUUGGCCGCCAGUCCUCGGGUCUGAGGGUGCUUUUCACUCCCAGCUGGGCGGAGAGAAGAAAGCAGAGACGAUGGUCCACGUCUGCUGGUCUCGGCGCUGAGGAAAGCGGAGCUCCAUCUCCGAGCCCCGGCUCGAUCUCCGCCAACUAGUUGUGCAGCCACCCAGGCUGAACUUUGGAGGAAUCGUCCCUUUUCUUUCCUUUCAAAAUUCUUGGAAGUGGUAGAGUGGGAGGCGAAGCCGAGGCAGCUGAUCCCUCCACGAUGCUGGUGAAGAAGCAUGCAGGGAAAGGUGGGGGUCGGGAACCAGGCUCUGAGGACCAGAGCCCCGCCGGGCAGCGUUGUGUCUGGACCGUGCCCCCGUGCACCGCCCUGGCGGCCCUUCUGUCAGUGGUGGCUGUGAUGUCUUGUCUGUACCUGGGGGUGAAAACCAACGACCUCCAGGCGAGGAUCGCUGCUCUGGAAUCCGCAAAAGGGGACCCUUUCAUCCAUCUGCUUCCCGAUGGCCUGGAUCAGCUCAAAACAAUGGUGCAAGAGAAAGUGGAGCGACUUCUGGCUCAGAAAUCCUAUGAACAUAUGGCUAAAAUAAGAAUUGCGAGAGAAGCACCUUCAGAGUGCAACUGCCCAGCAGGCCCUCCAGGGAAACGAGGUAAGAGAGGCCGAAGGGGAGAAUCUGGUCCUCCCGGUCAACCUGGUCCUCACGGCCCUCCUGGUCCAAAAGGUGAUAAGGGAGAACAAGGUGAUCAGGGACCUCGGAUGGUGUUUCCUAAAAUCAAUCAUGGGUUUCUCUCUGCUGAUCAGCAGCUCAUUAAACGCCGCCUCAUUAAGGGUGACCAAGGACAGGCUGGGCCUCCAGGACCCCCAGGCCCCCCUGGCCCAAGAGGGCCUCCAGGGGACACAGGGAAAGAUGGCCCCCGUGGAAUGCCAGGAGUGCCCGGUGAGCCAGGGAAACCAGGAGAACAAGGCUUGAUGGGUCCUCUGGGGCCUCCAGGACAAAAGGGUUCUGUUGGAGUACCUGGAAUUCCAGGGGUGAAUGGUCAAAAGGGUGAGCCUGGGUUGCCUGGAACAGUAGGACAAAAUGGAAUACCAGGGCCAAAGGGAGAACCUGGAAAUCAAGGCGAAAAGGGAGAAGCUGGAGAGAAUGGCCCCAAAGGUGACACAGGCGAAAAGGGUGACCCUGGAUCAUCUGCUGCAGGAAUUAAGGGGGAACCUGGAGAAUCUGGUCGUCCAGGGCAAAAGGGUGAACCAGGGCUUCCUGGGCUUCCUGGACUUCCGGGGAUAAAGGGAGAACCAGGUUUCAUUGGUCCUCAAGGAGAACCGGGCUUACCAGGGUUACCAGGAACAAAGGGUGAACGUGGGGAGGCAGGGCCUCCUGGAAGAGGAGAGCGAGGGGAGCCUGGAGCCCCUGGACCAAAGGGGAAACAAGGGGAAUCAGGAACUAGAGGCCCAAAGGGGUCAAAGGGUGAUCGUGGAGAGAAAGGGGACUCUGGAGCCCUGGGACCAAGGGGUCCACCUGGUCAAAAGGGAGAUCAGGGAGCCACCGAGAUCAUAGACUACAAUGGCAACCUCCAUGAAGCCUUGCAGAGGAUUACCACCCUAACUGUCACGGGUCCCCCUGGACCACCUGGACCUCAAGGACUACAAGGGCCAAAGGGAGAACCAGGAUCUCCAGGAAUCCCAGGAGUUGAUGGAGAGCAGGGACUUAAAGGCUCAAAGGGAGACAUGGGGGACCCAGGUAUGCCAGGUGAAAAAGGAGGAAUUGGACUUCCUGGAUUACCGGGUGCCAAUGGAAUGAAAGGAGAAAAAGGAGACUCCGGACUGCCGGGUCCUCAGGGUCCUUCCAUAAUAGGCCCACCAGGCCCACCAGGCCCCCAUGGCCCACCAGGCCCCAUGGGACCCCAUGGACUUCCUGGACCAAAGGGUGAACCAGGGUUAAAUGGUGUUAAAGGAUUGAAGGGUGAACCAGGUCAAAAGGGUGACAGAGGACCCCUUGGUCUUCCAGGAGCAUCUGGCUUAGACGGAAAGCCAGGAUCCCGGGGUACAGAUGGCCCUAUGGGACCCCAUGGCCCCGCAGGUCCCAAAGGAGAAAGAGGUGAAAAAGGAGCUAUGGGAGAACCCGGACCCAGAGGACCCUAUGGUCUGCCUGGGAAAGAUGGAGAGCCUGGUCUUGAUGGCUUCCCUGGUCCACGAGGCGAGAAGGGUGAUGUAGGAGAAAAGGGAGAAAAGGGAUUCCGUGGCGUUAAGGGGGAAAAAGGGGAGCCAGGCCAGCCUGGCCUGGAUGGGCUGGAUGCCCCUUGCCAAUUGGGGCCAGAUGGAUUACCCAUGCCUGGCUGUUGGCAAAAGUGAUGAAUCUAACCUUCCGAGCAUGAAGUUGUAUAUAUAAGGGUCCACUUUUUAUAUUUAUAGUUGAAAAUCGAAUUGCAGAUUUUACAAGUCUGAGAUAUGUUUACAUAUAGCUGCUUCUUCCUGUUUGCAGUAGUACACAUGUCCAUCUUUUCUCCACUUACAUCUGAAAUUGGGCAAUAUGUGAAACCAGUGAGAAGCCUGCAAAAAAAAUAUAAAUCAGUAUCUCUUUAUCUUAUGUGAAGAUAUGUAUUUAAAUGGACACAUCAGUGAUACAGAAUGAUUGUUCUUGCUCUUUUCUGACUUUGGGCUUGUUAAUUGCAUGGACAAAAAGUGCCAUGAAAUAGUUUACAUGAAAUUGUGACCAAAUAUGGACUCAAAACUAUGAAAAUGUACUAUACUAACUAACUGAUUUUAGGGUUUAUCCUCGCAUCCCUACUCACCUUCACUGUUAGCAUUGAUUUGUGCCCACACCACCCACUGAAACUGACUAAAAAAGCAUGACCGUGUGCCAAGCCUGCUUGUCAUUCAGAUGCUAGCAUGCCGCUUAAUGAGUCCUUUGAUCACAUCUGAGCUUUUAUUUCUUUUGUCAUCUCAAGGGGGUUACACCAUGGCUUAUUGCCAAAAAGAGAUAAGGUGGCGGAGAGCAUACACACAAAUGGUCUUGUAUUUUGAGGGAGUUGCAGUCCCAACUGCAGACCUCCAGCUUCCAGUAUUGCGGGCUCACAUGGCCACCUUGGUUGAAAUAUCAAGGGGUUGAGCUGGUUGCCGCCACCAUUUUUCCUUGGGCUGCCCUUGACAGUGAAGAUAAGGGAAGAGGACCGGUUUGGCAUCCUGCACUGUCUCUCCUGUGACCAAGUAGGAAAGAGGUUUACACAUGGCGGGCACCCGGAACAACAGACUUUAAAAAAAAAUAAACUGUAUUCCAACAAGUGUUAAUAUGGGUGCUUUUGGAAACUGACAGAGGCAUAUAGCAUUUCUUUUGGAUAGGAGAUUCUUGGAAUGGCAGCCCCUGUUCCCGCAGACAAAGGAUGCGUACAUCCCACCAAAGAGAAGGGGUACCACUCCCGAGAAUAGAUUGGCUGAAAUAUCCUCUUCUGAAAUUGUAGGGGAGCUUACCCUACAACCUCUAUUGAAGCUGAUGCUCUCCUUCCUUCCAAGAUCCAACGCAUUUCGAACAUUUUCUACAAAGUUCUAGAAACAGAAAGAUAUUUUUCAUCCUUUUUUAUGCUUUUCUUUUCUAGUCCCGGGGAAUAUUAAGAAAAGAUUUGUUUCAGUUUUUGUCACAUUUGUUUAGAACAAUUUUUUUAAAGUCUUCAAAUCCUAAUAACUUGGUAGCAAUAGUCAAGAUGAUGUUUUACUAACUUCUCUCUUGUUUUGAAUAAUUGAAGAGACUAUAAAAGAAACUCCACUUUCAGUUCAGUCAUUGUAAAGCAUCAAAGUUAAGCAAUUUCUUGAGUACUUUUUGACUUUUUUUUCAUAUGAUGACUGUAACUUACAUAGUGAUCAUCAGUUAAGUCAAGAUUUGGUCACAUUUGAUAGUAUUAACUCUUUUCUAUUUCUUAUCAUUCUGUUUAGAUCUAAGUUUUGUCCAUAUUUAGAUUUCUUUAUCUUUUUUUACAUUUCUAAAUGUUUGUCUUAUGCACAGACCAAAUCUGUGUGUCAGAAAGCUGUGAAAUAUAGUUGGCAUAGAGUAUUUUUUCAUCUAUUUGCUCAAAACUUACUUAAUUGUAUUAGACUGAGCAUUUCUUUGCACAGUAAAGAGUUGGUAAUAUGUUUUGAAAUGCUUAUUCUGAGUGGAAGGGUUACAUUAGGAGAAACACCAUCAAUGAGGAGUAGUCUCUCUUUCAGCCCAUAGGACAAUAUACUUUCUCUCCUGACUUAAUGCCAUUUUGUGGGAAAAUUUCUAGUUCCAUUCAUAAAUUUCCACCACCAGAGGGAAAAUUAGCUCAUCACUGGCUUGUGGUGACAACAGUUAAGAUAUGACUAUAAGACAAAGAUCCUAAGAUGCUUGUGAUCUCUUUCAUAUUGUAUAACCAAAUGUUCAAUUAUACAAAAUGCCUUCUUUGUAUUUCUAAUAAGUUUUUGAGAUUGGAAAGAUGUCCAAAUUAUUAGAUCAAUCUAAUUGGUAACAUUUCUAGUAACAUUCCACACUUGAAGCCAGUUCAGCAUUUUUAAAACGAUAGAGGGCCUUCCUUUUCCAACCAUCUCUUGUUUCACGUGGUUAGGAAAAAGUAUUGUUCAAUGUCUGAAGCAAUUUGUCUUACAUGGUUUGGAAACAUGAACCAAAGCAGGUAGAACUACUGUCUCUUCAGGAAAACAAACAGCAAUGUCUUGAGAAAAAUCUGGUGGCUAUAUUUCUUUCUAUCUUUCUUUCUACUCCUCUAGUAGAAAGAGGUAUUGAGAUGAAUCACUAUUGAAAACUUGCACAGCUUCAAAACAAAAUACCUCAACAUCAAAGAGAAACACUUUAUACACACAAAAAAAAUUUUUUUGAACAUAGCCCUUUAAGAAUACUCUUCUGUUCUAUGUGUGUACUGGGUUUUUUGCUCUACAACUGAUAUGACAACAUUGAUUUUUAUUCUAUGAGCAAACGAAGCUGUAGACUCCUGUUACAUUUAUUUCCUUGGGAAAAACAGAUGAUAGUACUUCUCCUUGUUUUGUGGAAUUAUUAGGUCUUAACCACCAUGGAUAAUCUUAAACUUUUGGUUACUAAAAUAUUUCCAGCCAUCUAUUUUGUCAUCAAUAUAGAGAAUCCUCAAAUAAUUGCUGAAUGAACUAAUAACGUAUGUCUGCUGAUAUAUGUGUUGGCAGAUAUCUAUUUUUCUUCAAGAUUUCAACCCUUAAUUUGUAUUAUUGGGUAGAGGAUUGAGAAAAAAAUACAUGAACGAUACAUUGGAAGUAAGUCAAGAGCUACUUCUAUUUCUGAUAAGCAUCCUUUAAGGAUGCCAAAUUGGUAUGUGUUUUAGCUUUGAAAUUGUUUUCCAUUCAUGUUGGUGCUAAUGCAUUUUUUUUUCUUUAUGAACAAUGCAAUUCUACUAUGGAUAAUUUCAUUUUUCUGUUUAAUAGCAUUCCUAAACUGUUAGUGUGUGAUUUUAUUUUUAAAGUUCAUGAAUUUGCUGUAAUAUGGUUCAAUGACCAGUCUUUCCUAAUGUAAAACAAAACAGUGUACCUAUAGAUGAUGUGUGUUUACUUGGAUCAUGGAUCCUUUUAUUUCAUGUUCAUUUCAUGUACCAUAUGCCUUUAUCAACUUUCUUCCUCAUAUUUUAGCUUAUUUCAUUUGAUUAAGUCUGACAAAACCAAUGUUAGAGAAGUCUAACACAUUCAUAGAGUACCUGACACACAAAUAUGCCCCAAUUUUUUUUCUAGCUUUCAUUUUCCUUAUGAGAAGCUGUCUUGGAGGAUUUUUCUUUCUUGUUUGAUUUUAUAGAAAACAUAAGAAUAUCUAGGAUGUCUACCAAAAACAAAAAAUUCUGUUCUUGAAUUUACUUUCUGUGCAUGAUGUUCUGAUGGGACAGCAAGAACAUAUGCAUCCAUAGUUCACGUUACAGGUCCUCUAUCUACAACGCAUACAUAUAUCUGCUAGUUUGGAAAAUGCUCAAAACAGCGUUCAAGACCUAUGGAAAAAUUGUCCGGUAUCUUAUGUUUUUAUCACUUAAAAAAUGUGCUUAAUUUUCCAAGCUUUUUUUAUGUUACUAUUGUACCAUAAAAAGCUAAUACUGCUUUUCAUCCUUUUUUUUUUGCCACUAUAUAUUAUCUUACCCAGAAAUAAGUUAUGCUUGAAUGGUGGGCAGUGUUUUAAUCUUCUAAUAAGCAAUCAUAGGAACAUGCAGAGAUUGAUAUUUGAAAUCGUGUUUUUCUCUAUGUCUUCAUAACCAAGUUACACUAAUAAUUAAUGUUACUAAAGUGAACUUUUUAAAUUUCUACCAAAACAAACAAAAAAACCUCUGCUAUCUCUGAAAAAUCAAAUCCAUAGCAAUCUAAUCUUGUGUUCUCAAAAAUAAUAAUUAAGAACAAGCACAUGUGAUUCUGGCAAUUAAAAAAUCAUUUCUAGUGGAAUUAACAUACCUAAAAUUAUUUUAAAAUGUAAGGACCUUCCAUCCCUACUUUUUCCCACUUUGUGGAUAUAUCUUCAUAUUGGCUAGGUUUACUUUAUGCCAUUAGCAGAGAUAAGCUUCCAACUUAAACUUUUGGUGGAUUUUGUUUUGCUAAUCCAAUAUUGAAACAUUUUAAUGGCAUUUCUGAUUUUUUAAAUGUGUUUAAUGCAUAAGAUUCCCUAUGCUGCUUUAUUGACAGAACUGUCCUUUGGGGAAUAGGAAGACUUUUGCAACCUGACCUGUUAUGUUUGAUUUAUCAAUAAAUUACCAACAUUUCUCAAAAUGUGGUAGAUAUUCUCACGUAUUUCAGAAAUAUUAAUAAAUUGGAUUCACAAACGAAUGUCUUACCUAUUGUUGACAUUUAUGUGAAUAUUCUUUAUACUGUUGUAAAUGUUUCAUGCAACUUAAUAACAUUUUAAAAAGAUGUAUGUAUCUGAUUUUCCAUUAGAAAAUAUUAUAUUUUUAUUUGUAUUUUUUACAUUUUAAAGUUCAUCUCUACGUGCAGCUAUUUUUAUAUUGCCAAAAAAUCACAUAAAUACAAAAUAAGAGGAAAAUGCAAAAAAAAAUAUUUUGGCAAACAUUACACUGCAUAUUUUUCUUAACGUUUUGUGGGCCAGUCUCAUGUAAUUGAUUAUUCUAAGAAUGUGUUGUGUCUUAUCACUGUAAAUAUGGCACAAACCUGAUUUUCUCAAUAGUGUACAUAAUUGAAAGAUUGAAUUCUCCCUGUUUGACUUCUUAUUUCAAUUUUGUUAUAAUUUCUCCAGCUGACAGUGCUGAAUCAAAAGACAUGUGCGGUUUUUGAUGUGCAGUUUGGAGAUAAUUGCAUUGUGUUCAGUUUCUAAUUUGUUUUUAUUUGCUUUUUUAACUUGUUUUCAGGGUUCCUAGUUUGUGAGAAGUUGAUCUUCAGAAUUAUUUUUACACUAUUUAUGACUUAUUUUCAUAAUGUAAAAAGUGUGUAAUUAUUACAAUAUUAAUCCAAACUAUGGUAAUGAAUUGUAUUGUUAUAAAGCUUUAUUAAUGUUCAUGAACACCUGGACCUGUUUUCUCUGAUUUAAACACAGUCCAUAAAAAAUUUUGUUCUAUUCUUCUACCAUACUGUAAUGUCACCAUUCAGCUUAGUGCGCAUAACUAGCUAUGGUGAUUUUCUAUU